CCCACUGCCCAUUACAACACCCUCUGCAUCACAGAUUCCCUAUCCGACGAGACCGUCGCAUCGCAUAUCGCAUUGCACGGUUCGGUCGCACUUGCACCCUUCUCUCGGCCUCGUCUCCCUCUCCCGACAGCUAAGAUGCGGACACCUCUCCUCCUCCUGAGCCUCGUUGGCCUCCUUUCCACCUUUGUGACUAGCACAGUGCUCACCUACAAGAUGGCGGCGAAUGAGAAGGAAUGCUUCUACACCCACAUCGACAAGCGAGAUGCAAAGAUUGGCUUCUACUUCGCCGUGCAGAGUGGAGGCUCGUUCGACAUUGACUACACCGUCUUUGGGCCUGGCAAGGGAGCGAACAAGGAGACGAUCAUCAUGGACGGCGAAAAGGAGCGGGAAGGCGACUUUGUCUUUACAGCCACCGAGACUGGCGAGUACCGCUUCUGCUUCGACAACUCCGUCUCGACCUUCUCCGACAAGAUGGUGUACUUUGAAAUCAACGUCGAGGAUGAGCCCCAGAAGAACCUACCGCAAAAAGCCGGCGCGAGCACUGAGCAGCUUAGUGGGGUGGAAGAGAACGUGAGGAAGCUGAGCAGUCAAAUCUCCCACCUGACCCGGCAGCAGAAAUACUUCCGCACGCGUGAGAACCGCAACUUCAGCACGGUGCGGAGUACGGAGAGGAGAAUCUUCAACUUCAGUCUGAUCGAGGGCGGAUUGAUGGUCGCCAUGGCUGGCCUCCAGGUCUUUAUCGUCAAGAUGUUCUUCACUGGCGGCAGGAAGGGCUACGUAUGAAUAUAGAUAUCUCGCAUGCAACAGGCAGGCCCCUGUACAUUCACCCCACCCUCCGACCCUCGUCGAUGACCAUAUACUCAUCCCCAACCAUCAUACACAUCUCCUCCUCCACCAUGAAGUUGUCGUGAUCCGGCGUGAGCGCCUUACUUGCAGGGUCGUACAUGAACUUUGCGAAAUCGCGGUAGUCCUUAAAAACGAAGGUGCAUAUGGCGUCAAAGUCAAGCAUUUUCGCUUGACCGUGAAGCAUGUCGGCGAUGAUGGUGCGGUCGCGUGCUAAGCAGUAAGUCUUUAUGCGAGUCGUUAGUCUCGACACAAUCGAUCUACAGCCAUUUCGUCGCUUGUCGAAAAGGAACAAUCAAAUCAAAAGCA